UCGCCGCUCUCCGCCCCGCCCCGCCUGGCAUGGCGGCCGCCGGCAGUGUCGUGUCCCGGCAGCCGCCUCCCUGCCCUGCGCCUCCGCUCGACCAGUAGCGAGAUCUGGGGUCUGAGCCAGCUCUGCCCCUUGCUUUGUCCUGUCCAAGCAUCGCCUGGGGCCCGGGCACUGCGCCUCGGCCGCAGGGCGGGGCGGGCAGCAUGGUGCGGUGCGGCGCGGCCGCGCUGCGGAAGUAUGGCAGCUUCAUCGACGGGCUGCGUCUGUACGUCCGAGGAGGAACCGGGGGCAUGGGCUACCCUCGCCUGGGGGGAGAAGGAGGCAGAGGCGGUGACGUCUGGUUCGUUGCUCGGGAGAGAACUACUCUGAAGAGCAUCAGGGACAGGUACCCUCACAAGAGGUUCGUGGCCGGGACAGGAGCCAACAGCAGCGUCCGGGCACUGAAAGGUGACAAGGGACAGGACUGUGAAGUGGCCGUGCCCCUGGGAGUGUCGGUGCUCUGCGACGGCGGCAGGCAGAUCGGAGAGCUUAAUGCAGCAGGGGAGAGAUUCUUGGCAGCUCGUGGAGGUCUUGGAGGCUCUUUGGCCACAAACUUUGUGCCCUGCAAAGGGCAGAAGAGAAUUCUUUGCCUGGAUUUGAAGCUCAUAGCAGAUGUUGGCCUGGUUGGGUUUCCCAAUGCAGGAAAGUCAUCCCUGCUGAGCAAGAUGUCUCAUGCCAAGCCCCAGGUCGCCAGCUACCCGUUUACCACAGUGCAGCCUGAGCUGGGCAAGCUGAUGUACAAGGACUACAAGCAGGUGUUGGUGGCUGACCUGCCAGGCCUGAUCGAAGGUGCACAUGCCAACAGGGGCAUGGGCCACAAGUUCCUGAAGCACGUGGAGAGGACCAAGCAGCUGCUCCUGGUGGUUGAUAUCUCUGGAUUUCAGCUGUCCAUCAAGGCUCCCUUCAGGACAGCCUUUGAAACUGUUGUGCUGCUAACAAAGGAGCUGGAGCUGUACAAGGAGGAGCUUCUAAGCAAGCCUGCACUUCUUGCCGUUAACAAAAUGGAUUUGCCUGGCGCCAGGGAAAGUCUGCGUGAGCUUGUGCAGCAGCUGCAGCAGCCUCACGACUUCUUGCACCUACUGGAGGAAGAAAUGAUUCCUGCAAGGACUCUGGAAUUCAAGGAUGUCAUUCCUAUAUCCACAUACACUGGGGAAGGCAUUGAGGAGCUGAAGGCCUGUAUCAGGAGAUCCAUAGACGAGGAGGCAGAGCGGGAGAAUGAGGAGUAUCGGAAGAAGCAGCUGCGGCUCCUGCAGCCCUCAGCAGGGGACAGGAGGUGAGAUGGAUGGAAGGAAAAUGUCCCUCACAAGUAGGGAAGGAGCAAAUUCAACCGCUCUGCAUCUUCUGCCGUGGGCCUCAGAAGCAUAGCAGUGACAGCAGCUCCCUUGUGGAGAAGAGCUGCUGGCUGCUUUCCAUAGAGCUGGACAUCUCUGGGAACAGCUCUUGUAUUUUAGGGAAGCAGAUUGACACUUUCUCUGCUAAAUUAGGAGUCUUUCUUGUACAGGAUGCUUUGGUUCCAAAGCUGUUAAACUGAUUUCAAAGCAAAAGGAGACUAAAUACAUCAAAGGUUUCUCUG